CAGAAGGUACAGUAAAAGAGCAAGCUAACAGCAGCAGGCCAGCUAAUAACUGUCGGGACAUUUGGCUGGGAGUGACAUUCACCCGAGGACACAUGCUGCGAUUGACUUUUUAAAAACUGUAUUAAAGCAGCUUUGUCUUUGCUGCGUAAUUUCCUUAAUUUGACUCUCAGAAUCGAUCUUGUUGAUUGUUGAUAGUCCUACCGUGACACGACACUUACAUUUGCAUACGAGUUUCAUUUCCCCAUAAGCAUCAAUCAGUGGGCUGCUUAAAUAUUUUAACUGAAAUAAAGAUAGUGAAACACAACAGAAGUUGUGUUAACACAGCACCCUGUUACGUUUCAAGUUAUCUGUAACAGCAUCACUGUUCGCUCGAUUUAAGUGUGCUUGGUUUGAUAGCUGCUGUGUUUUCUCCUGACGUGGAGCGCCGAUAAGUCACGCUCCCAGCCGCUCAUGUUGUUUAUAACCUCUGUUAUGGUCCCAGGACGUGUAUUGUUUUAUUAGAGCAAACAAAAGAGAGGGCUGUGUACACACUAUAACAGCUCAGAGGAAAGUAGCAGCAGCAGCAAAAUCACUGUAGUUUGACUUCCUGUUUUUGUGUAUCUUUGCGUGCAUGUAAGGAGGUUUGAUUGUGACUUGGUGAUUUUCUGAGACCAAACUUGUAUUUCGCAAUCACAUUUUCAUCAGAUAAUGAUGUUAAAACGUUUACAUAUUCUCCCUUCCUAUAAACUUUAAACAGUGAGCCAUUUUUCAGUGUGUUUUCUGUGUUUUAUUACUUGGGGACACACCUGCCAAACACAGGCACAUAUUUAGUUGUAGUUCUGUGAGUCUGCUGUUGGGUUUGUACUUGUUUUGCAUAAACAGGAAAACCCCAGUUUGCCGAUAGACUGCUUUAGUGUAUUUACACACAGACCUGUGGGUGUUUUACAUUUAUCCUGCUUAAUCAUAACCAUCACCAUAACCACUUCUCUCUUCUGAGAAUGUCAUUUUGCUCAUAUGAAAUAUCUGUUUAACGUGUUUAGUCACUGCUAUUCUUAUAAACCCUUGUAGACCUUCCACUUUGCCCAUUGCUUAGCUCCUAACCUAUUUAUAGAUAUUCAUCAUGCAGCAGUGUGGUCCAGACAGAGAGACUGUGUCGACCCACGCUGUCAUAUCAGAAACACUGUACUGAGCACACAAGGAGCAAAAUAAUUCACCUCUGACAUUUCUGGUCUGCUGACUUUCUUUGGGAGUUAAAGCUCAUCUUUGUUUGCUGUAGUUGUUUUUGAGUGAACACUUUAGGUGUUCAGUGUCUUUCUGUGCUUUCCACUUACAGCCAUGAAAUGGAAAGUGAAAACUGUUUAGGCUGUAAAACCAUGAAUGGACUGUGGGGCUGAAACUGCAGAGUUGCACAGUUCAGCAUUUUAAUACUUUAGUUAUUGAAUUAGGAAGUUGAACAUGCCUCUGAUUGUGUCAGGAAUUACUGUGGGGAGAGUCUGGCUUCCAGGCAGUGACUUAAAGUUUGUAAAACAAGGCCUUCUCUUGUCAUAAAGCUGCAUAUGCAGAGCGUGCCAGCCUGCCGAGGAACAUGAUUGAGAACAGCAUGUUUGAAGAAGAGCCCGAUGUUGUGGAUUUAGCCAAAGACUCCACAGCCUUUCCGACGUUUCCUGCUCUUGAUCCAGAUGAAGUGACAUAUGAACCCCGUAGUUCACGGUUACUUGUGCGAGGCCUGGGGGAAAACGACAUGGAUGACGAUGAGGAGGACUGCGAGUCUUCAGCACGUUUGUUGGGCAUGUCUUUUAUGAACCGAAGCUCUGCUCACAGAUCCAACUCUUCUCCUUACACCAGACAGGCACCACCAAGGUCAUGUUCACGACCCUCAUCACGUACUAUAGUUGUAUGUGUGUUAUUCCUCGUGAUAGUGGCCUCAGUGACCAUGGUAUUCUACUUCCUACCUGGCUGCACCUUUACUAAAGCAGGUUGUCCUAAACCAAACAAGACCAAUCCCAUUGAGCCAGUCUACCCCAUCUCCACAAAUGGUGAAUUGUUUCCAUGGGCACAGCUCCGACUCCCUCAAAGCAUAAAACCUCUCAGCUAUGACCUCACCCUGAACCCCGACCUCGACAAAAUGACCUUCACGGGCAGAACUGUUAUCAGCAUGUCUAUACUUCACAGCACAAACCGCAUUGUAUUCCAUGGUGCUAAUUUCAACAUUACCAAAGCAACCUUCAAAUUGGGUGAUGGGCAGGCCAGUGAUGUGACUGUACUGGAAUACAAACCCAGACAGCAGUUAGCUGUUAAUUUCUCAGAGGAGCUGAAAGCAGGCCAGUACUGUGUUUUGACAAUGGAAUAUUCUGCCAACUUCUCAAACGCAUAUGACGGUUUCUACAAGAGCUUCUACACUGAUAAGGAUGGAAACAAAAGGGUCCUAGCAGCAACACAGUUUGAGCCGCUGUCGGCCAGGAAAGCCUUCCCUUGUUUUGAUGAACCAGCUUUCAAAGCGACAUUCCUGAUUAAAAUCAGCAGAAAAAAAACCUACAUGACUCUUUCAAACAUGCCCAAGGCAAAAUCCACAAAUCUCUCCAAUGGCCUUGUGCAGGAUGAGUUUGAAAAGACCAGUGUUAACAUGAGCACUUACCUGGUGGCCUUCAUCGUUGCUGACUUCACCCCUAACACCAAAAAUGUUUCAGAAACCCAGGUGUCAGUCUACUCUGUACCAGAGAAAAAUGGGCACACUGAGUAUGCUCUGACCAUAACCUCUAAACUGCUGGAGUUUUACAAUAACUUCUUUGACAUUAAUUACCCUCUCAAAAAACUAGACUUGGUAGCUAUUCCUGACUUCCUGGCAGGAGCCAUGGAGAACUGGGGGCUAAUCACUUUUCGGGAAACCACUUUGUUAGUGGGCAAAGAGUCUUCUCUCCUGGAAAAACAAGUGGUGGCUUCUGUCAUAGCACAUGAGCUUGCUCAUCAGUGGUUUGGAAACCUGGUGACUAUGAGAUGGUGGAAUGACCUGUGGCUCAACGAAGGCUUUGCCACUUACAUGGAGUACAUGUCACUGCAGGAAGUGUCGCCCGACCUGGAAACUGGUAAUUUAUUCCUCUCAGUGCGGUUCAGAGCCCUAGACAAAGAUGCACUAAACUCCUCGCACGCUGUGUCGACAGACGUUAAUACAACAGAACAAGUAGAGGAGAUGUUUGACUCUGUCUCUUAUGAAAAGGGUGCAUCCAUUCUUCUAAUGCUGAAUGCUUCCUUCUCCGGAGAUCAACAGUUCAGAAAGGGUAUCAUUGAAUAUCUCAAACAGUUCAGUGGAUUAAAUACAGACACUGAUGACCUCUGGAACAGCCUCACACAGACCGAUAAGUCCACGCACCACAUGAAUGUAUCGCAGAUGAUGACAUCGUGGACAUCACAGAAAGGCUUCCCACUGGUCACUGUGAACCUCAUGGGAAACCAGGUGACACUCGCACAGGAGCACUUCUUGCUCACAUCUGACAAUACCACGCAUACGUCAAGCUUGUGGCAUAUUCCAGUGACGUACGUGAACGACAGCUGUAGUUUGGCCCCUGAGUGCAGACAGGUUUUCACUCUGAAAAAUAAAUCAGACACAUUUAAGCUGUCAAAAAAUGUAACUUGGCUGAAGUUGAACUACAAAAAUACAGGCUUCUACAUAGUGGACUACGGAAAGGAUGGCUGGUCUGCUCUUGCUCAAGCUUUGAGCUCAAAUGUUGGCGUUCUUACACACGAGGACCGUGCUUCACUUAUACAUAACAUCUUUGCUCUCUCCAGAUUGGGACGUGUGUCCUUCCUGCAGGUCAUAAAUCUACUGAAAUAUGUCUCAGCGGACACUGAAACUUCUCCUGUGACAGAGGCCCUUUUACAGCUCAAUAAUAUCUACCGACAGCUUGAAAAAAGACAGGAGUCUAAUCUUGCAUCCCGCAUGAAGAGUUUUAUUAUGAGCAAAUUUCGUAAUCUGACGGCCAAACAAACAUGGGAAGAAGAAGAGAAUGUGUCCAAACAGGAGCUGCGCUCUGCUCUGCUGGAGAUGGCCUGUAAUCUGAAUGAUGAAAACUGCACCCAGCAGGCCACGUCCCUGUUCAAAAAGUACAUGGAGUCAAAUGGUACCCUCAGGAUUCCCGGUGAUCUGCAGCAGACUGUAUUUACAGUGGCUGGCCGGUCUGAUGAAACCUGGGACGCUCUUUUCAACAUAUAUGUGCAUGCCACGUACGAUUCAGAGAAGCGGAAAAUGCUAAAGGGACUAGCAUCCACUCAGAACCCACAACGUUUAGUACAGAUUCUGUCGUUUGGCCUGAGUGGACGUCUCAUUCAGACUCAGGAGUUGCCUUUGGUUAUCAGCACUAUGUGUCAGAGCUUUGCUGGUUGUUUGUUUGCCUGGGACUUCAUACAAGAGAACUGGGACCGCCUCAUAGAGAAGUUCCCUAUUGGCUCCUUUGCCAUCCAGACAAUCAUCAAAUCUGUUACCUCCCAGUCCUCCACACAGGCACAACUUAAUAAAGUGCAGGCUUUCUUCUCUGGUCUGAAGGAGCGUGGCUCUCAGAUGAGGAGCGUGCAGGAAGCUUUGGAAACCAUAAAGCUGAAUAAGCGCUGGAUGGACAGGAACCUGCCUACACUCCAAAAAUGGCUGUAACACGGAUGCUCCAACAAGUCUCCACCCCAGUAACAAGCAACUGGGCUGUUUCUUUGAGACAACAACAGUAUUUGCACUAUCUUAGGACUGUGUCCUUUACCUCCCCUCAUCCAGACCAGAGCGCUAAUCAGUGGUUGUGCUCUAGCUGGUUGGACAGGUUGUUUUAAUUUUUGAGAUUGGUCCUGUAAGUUGUACAUGAUAGCUCAGGGUGGAUCUGAUUGUGUGUGUGUGAUUGUGACAGGGGGUCGUCAGAUGCAAUACACACUCCUCAUGUUUUAUGCUGUUGACCAAACCUCUUCCGCAGUUCUCAUCUAAACCUCACGCCUGAGCAGACAAUCAUGCUUUCACCCACACUCCUUUGGCCCAACCACCUCUCAGGCACCUUUCAUCGUGAGCUGUAAAACGGCCACUUUAAAAUAAACUCAAUAGUAUGAUUAAUGUCAAUAUUACUGUGUAUGUGAAGAUGCAGCUGUCAGGGAUUUCCCAGCAAUGAUGAAUUUAAAUUAAUGUUACUUGAUAGAUAGGAUUAUCCUUAGAGUUAAAGUAACCACGUGUCUUUUUGUUGGAAGAAUAUCUACCUGUCAGCCUGUACUAAUUAUUCAUGCGAUCCCAAGUGUUUGCUAUACUAGUCAUGGUUGGGCUACAAGAUUUGUUCGUUGAUGAGUAGAUGCCAGUGUGUUGGUAUUGAAUGAAUGUACUGAAAAAAUAUCCCACUGUGUACUGUAGAUGAUGUACAAAAAAUAGUGCAGGUUUAAAAUGAUAGCCAUUGUGUCUUAGGUGAGAGCAGGCAGUGCACACUGGAGCUAAACAUUCAUUUCUUCCUUCCUUUCUAUCUCUCCCCCAAACUUUAAUCCCAGCCAAGCUUUAAUCAACAAUUUUUUUUUUCUUUUUAAAUUUGGAUCACUUGCCUGCAAUGAAGUCACUUUACAGACUCACUCUUUGUUUUUUCCGCUUGUAAAGUUGUAAUUAUAGUGUAAAUAUGCUCAACUUUUCCCUCGCCUAGCUUUCGUGUGUGUGUGUGUGUGUGUGUGUGUGAGUGAGUGUGUGUGUGUGUG